GAGAUUCUUCUAUACGUCCAGCGUAGAAAGGCAAGCGUAUUCCUCGUGAGCAACUGGGUUUAAAUCUCCUGCGACGCACCACAAACAGAGAUUUAGAAAGACGCAGAGGGAGGAGGGGACAGAGUCACAGUGGCCCAGUGGGGUUGCCGGAGAAUGACGUCAGAAGGGGCGACGUCAGCGACGGUGACGAGGAGGAAGCCGUCGUGGAGGGAGAGGGAGAACAACCGGAGGCGAGAGAGGAGGAGGAGGGCCAUUGCGGCGAAGAUAUACUCGGGGCUGAGAGCUCAGGGGAACUACAACUUGCCCAAACACUGCGACAACAACGAGGUCUUGAAGGCUCUCUGCAACGAGGCUGGCUGGACCGUCGAAGAGGACGGCACCACCUUUCGCAAGGGAUGCAAGCCGCCCCCAAAUGAUAUGGCAGGCACUUCCACCAGAAUCACCCCAUACUCUUCUCAGAAUCCCAGUCCUCUAUCUUCCUCCUUUCCAAGCCCAAUUCCAUCUUACCAAGCCAGUCCCUCCUCCUCUUCCUUCCCCAGCCCGUCGCGCAACGAUGCCAACAAUUCAUCUAUUCUUUUUCCCUUUCUCCACAAUGCCAUUCCUUCGUCUCUCCCUCCUCUUCGGAUCUCUAAUAGCGCCCCUGUAACCCCUCCUCUAUCAUCACCAACUUCAAGAAAUGCUAAGCCAAUCCCCAAUUGGGAGUCCAUUGCCAAACAAUCCAUGGCAUCCUUUAAUUACCCAUUUGGUGCUAUUUCUGCCCCGGCAAGCCCAACUCAUCGUCAGCUUCAUACUCCGGCUACUAUACCCGAAUGCGAUGAGUCUGACUCAUCCACCAUUGAUUCUUGCCAAUGGAUUAACUUCCAAGCAUUUACGUUCUCUACGGCGGCAAUGACAACCUCUCCGACCUUUAACAUUGUGAAACCCCUUGCUCAGCAAAUUAUACCCAAUGUAGCUAAUGAGAGGGGGAGAGGUACUGAGUUCAACUUUGGAGGUGGGCAGGUUAAGCCAUGGGUUGGAGAGAGGAUUCAUGAGGUAGGAUUGGGUGAUCUGGAGCUCACACUUGGAAGUGGGAAGGCUAAGAUUUAGUGUACUAGUGGAAUGCUUAGACUGGGUUAUGGAAAGGCAGAAGAAUAGAGAUCACUCUGCUGGUUCAUGGUUCACUCAGCUUGGUAUUAUUAUUCAACUGCAUUUUGCAGUGGUGACUCAAUUCUUUUCACUGUGAAUUGCACAUCUUUGAACCAAACUUGUCGUGUGGGAUUAUCAUUCCAGGUUUGAGUCAUUCCUUCAUAUAUAGUGAUAAAAACUUAAUAUGUU